GGCGAACCUCCUCUCUUCGCCGUCGUCGCGAAUGGCGAUGAGGAAGGCGUCGAGCUGCUGCUGACGGCCGGGUGUGAGAUCGACUCCAGAGAUCGCGACAAGUCGAGCGUCCUGCAUGUCGCAGCCUUCAUGGGACACACCGAGAUGAUCGAUCUCCUCAUCCAAAGACAAGCAGAUCUCUACGCCGUCAACUCCACUGGUCACACGUGCCUGCACACGGCCUGCCGCAACGGACAUGUCGACGUCGUUCGCAGGCUGAUCGCCCUAGGAGGUGAGAGGCUGGUCCUGAUGCAGACCAACACGGGGUGGUUGUGUACUCACAGUGCAGCACAAAACGGUCACUUCAAAGUGUUGGAGGUUCUUCUGCAAGUCGCAUGUGAACAGCAGCUGAGCACUCAAACCAACACGGGCUGGUAUUGUGUUCAUACCGCAGCGCAGAACGGACAUGUGCGUGCGAUAAGAUUAAUCUUGCAGACUGGAGGGAACCAGCAGCUGCUGAACAAGACGAAUGACCUUCGGACGACCUGCUUCCACAUGGCUGCGAUCUUCGGGCAUGUUGAGAUCAUGAGAGAGUUGAUCGCCAUGGGACACGCCAGCCUCAUGUCCAAGGUGUCUCGCGACGCCUCCACCUGCGCCUUCACCGCCUGUACCCACGGACAUGCCGCGAUCUUGCAGCUCAUAGCAGAGACCGUCGGAACUGACUUGCUGACCGAGGAGGGGAUCAUUCCCUUGCACCUCGCGUCUCAGUACGGUAACUUACAAGUGUUCGAGCUGCUCGUGGAGAAAGCCGGCAAGGAGCAGGUGGCCUCCUGCACGGCAGCAGGUGACUCUUGCCUGCUCCUCGCAGCGGCCAAUGGCCACGUGAACGUUGUGGGGAGGCUGUUGGAAGAGAUGCCGAGCCUGGUGGAGGUUGCCAACGACAAGGGGGAGAGCUGUGUCUACGCCGCUGCAUCCAACGGUCACGUCCCAGUGUUGAGGGACCUGCUGCGGUCAGCGAGCAGGGAGAGCUUGUUGCGAGGCAUCAAGGAUGGAGGGUUCACCAGCGCGCACAUGGCCGCCGUCAUGCAGAACGGGAGGCUCGACGUACUCGAGUACCUGGUGUCCGUGGGAGGCAGGCAAGCUCUCAGUGCGAGGACUGUCGAUGGCAAGAGCUGUUUGCACGCCGCAUCACAAGGUGGGAGGGUGGAAGAGAUGAAGGUGAUGAUGUCGGUGCUGGACUUUGACGAUCUUCUCUUGACGGACAAUCAUGGCAAGUCCUGCCUCCACGUUGCGGUACAGCAGGGACAUGCUGGCAUAGUCGAGGUCCUGCUGGGU